UUGUUUUUUCCGUUGAACCACCAGAUGCCAAAGCCUGCCCCGCCGGCGAGUUCAUGUGCGCCAACCGUAAAUGUUUGGCCGCCGCCCACGUGUGCGACGGGGACGAUGACUGCGGCGAUGGCAGCGAUGAGCUCAAGUGUACUUCACCUCUCACCUGCGGGCCCAACCAUCUCCGCUGCAACAAUUCGGAGUGCGUGCCGCUCAUGUGGAGCUGCGACGGCGAUCCCGACUGCGCGGAUAGUUCGGACGAGGGGCCCGAGCGCUGCGGCGGCGACGGCGUUCAUCUCUCGAACCGCAGGGCCAACUGCACUGGCGAGGAGUUCCAUUGCGCCAACGGGGAGUGUGUGCGACUAAGCUGGAAAUGUGACGGCGAUCCCGACUGCAAGGACAAGUCGGACGAGUCAGACUGCCGUGAGUUUCUGUUUUCGUCCUUUCGAAAUCACUGACGGCCAUGUUGUGUCAAGAUGACCCCUGCCGCCUCUACCUGCUGCUAUCCACUGCCCACUUAUGUUAAUUAGGCACAGAAUAUGCAGCUGUCGCUGACAACUUAAAGCAAUUCUGAAUAAGGCCCCGAAUGGAUAAUUUGCAUCUUGGCUUGUCCGAAUCAGCAUCAUGUUCCCUGGUUCAGGUUCCUCCGUGUUGCUGCUGUUUCUGUUAUUUCUGUCCCAAAGCCAUCCAUCAAUCAAACAAUCAAUCCAUCAAGAUCUCAACCAUGGUUGACUGCUGUGUUUGCAGAUUUUUUUUCACGUCACUAGUCAUCUUC